AUGCGACCGCUCACAGAUGCUGAGACAACAACGCUCUUUGAAAAGCUGGCGCAUUACAUUGGAAAAAAUCUAGUGCACUUGAUUGACCGACCGGAUGAUCCGUAUGUGUUCCGACUCCAUCGCGAUCGAGUGUACUAUGUUUCAGAGGCAAACAUGAGACUGGCUGUGUCUGUGGCUCGACCGAAUCUCAUGUCUCUUGGGACGUGCUUCGGGAAGUUCUCAAAAACUGGCAAGUUUCGUCUGCAUAUCACUGCCCUUGAUUAUCUCGUACAGUAUGCGCGUUACAAGGUGUGGAUUAAGCCAAAUGGUGAAAUGCCCUUUCUUUACGGGAAUCAUGUGCUAAAGGCGCACGUCGGUCGCAUUACUGAUGAUACGCCCGAACAUGCAGGUGUUGUUGUUCUUAGCAUGAGUGGCGUCGGCCUCGGCUUUGGUGUCACAGCACGUUCAACUUCCGAUACCCGUAACAUGGACCCGACAAACAUCAUAGUGUUCCAUCAAGCUGAUGUGGGCGAAUACCUACGCGACGAAGAAACCCUAUUUUAA